AUGUCCACACCCUCGAUAGCAACCACCCUCUUGCCUGCUCACCAUAGCCAAUAUGGUUAUGCUCAUCAAAAUCUAUAUUCACCGAGUACCCUUCCCUACCCCACCAACAACACACUACCUGCACCCCAGCGGUUGAACACUGCGUUUCAUUCCUACCCCGGUGCCGCUCAGUACCAGCGACCGCAAGAAUCCCCAGCAAUCUCAUACAGAGGGCCGUCAAACGUUUCCACAAUGCCUCCGUCUCAGUCGGCGUCAACCCUGUCCGAUGCUCACCUGAGAAGACAACCGGACUGGAAUGAAUUUUACAAGAACGGCGUUCCAAAAGAAAUCAUCGUCAUAGACGACGAUAGUCCCGAUCCCCAGGGCCCAGGAGACGCUUCGAAAAGACAACAGAGAGAAGAUGUUGGCGGAUACACUUCGAAUGCAGGCCGGAAAAGAAAAGUUGAUGAGGGCUAUGACAUUGAAUAUACAGACAGUCCGACAUAUUCGACGCACCCGGCUAAAUUUGGGGCAUCUUCGUCGUCCGCCUCUUAUCAUUCCGCUGACCGAACGACUUCCCUCCAGACAGUUACUGCCCCAACUUCGCUCGAAUCGUAUGGCAGCAAUACUGCUAGCAACAGUUAUGAAGAUGUCAGAGUAGGACAAAAGCGGAAAAGAAUCACAACCCAAAAAGAGACCCGUGCACAAGCGGCAAAGAGAAAGCAACAAGAGUCCGCACCAGAUCCUUUUGCAGACUAUGUCCCCCCUCAAAAACCUUUACGCAAAGCUGCGGAUGUUCACGUCCCAGUAAUACGUGACACGGAAAGGCAUAAAAAUCUGAAGGUGGAUGAUGACGACGGCCAUUACAUUGUGACGCCUGGCACGAAACUUGCUGACCGAUAUGAGAUUAUCAAGCUUCUUGGGCAAGGCACAUUUGGCAAAGUGGUCGAGGCGUUUGAUUCACGAAAGAAGACAAGAUGCGCUGUUAAAAUCAUUCGAUCCGUGCAGAAGUAUCGCGAUGCUUCUCGGAUCGAGCUGCGCGUUCUUUCUACGCUUGCUCUGAACGACAAAACCAACCGCAACAAGUGCAUCCAUCUACGGGACUCAUUCGACUUCCGGAACCACAUUUGUAUAGUCACGGACCUCCUGGGACAGAGUGUCUUCGAUUUUCUGAAAGGAAAUGGCUUUGUUCCAUUCCCUAGUUCGCAGAUUCAGAGCUUUGCUCGUCAGUUGUUUACCAGUGUCGCCUUUCUGCACGACCUGAACCUCAUUCACACAGAUCUCAAACCUGAAAACAUAUUACUGGUUCACAAUGCCUACCAGACGUUUACCUACAAUCGCUCGAUACCUUCGUCGUCCCACACGACGUCCAGAACUGCUCGACAGCGCAGAGUCCUUCUGGACAGUGAAAUUCGUUUAAUAGACUUUGGUUCAGCCACCUUCGAUGACGAAUAUCAUUCCUCUGUGGUAUCAACACGACAUUACAGAGCACCUGAGAUCAUUCUGCAGCUGGGAUGGAGUUUCCCUUGCGACAUUUGGAGCAUAGGGUGUAUCAUUGUGGAAUUCUUCACGGGUGAUGCACUGUUCCAAACGCACGAUAAUCUCGAGCAUUUGGCCAUGAUGGAAGCUGUAUGUAAUGGCAAGAUUGACGCAAAACUUGUCAAGCAAGUAUGCUCGGGUGGUCGCGGCGCCAACGCAAACUCCGCUGCAAAGUACUUCAACCGGGGGAAGCUGGAAUAUCCUAACAAUGAGACUUCAAAGGCUUCAAGGAAAUACGUCAAGGCGAUGAAGCAUCUUCAUGAAUUCAUACCAGCAACCAACCCUUUCAACCGACACCUUCUCGACCUGCUGAGAAAGAUUUUUGUUUAUGACCCCAAAAAUCGGAUCACGGCGAAAGAGGCCCUCAAACACCCUUGGUUCAGGGAAACCCUUGUUGACGACGGGACUGAGGCAAUUCGGAUACGCGAGGAACGUGCUGUUCAGAACGGGGCAGGCCCGGACGCGAAACGCCCGCGCAUGAAUCAAUAA